AUGGAUGAUGACUAUGUCGCGCAGCUUCUCGCCAACGAGGCGCGCGAUGACAACGACAAAUACGCAAAGGAAGGCUUGAGUGCAUACACAUCUCGCAGACCCAAAGGCAACGCUCCAAAACCCAAUACCCGAUUCCUGCGUCACCUUAUCAAGGAGACCAAUAAUCAUAAUACAGCGCUGAAACGCAAAGAAGAGAGAGAAUCAAAGGAAAGGAUGCGUGAUUUAAAAGAACCCUCGGGCCUUUCCAGAAAACACGAGAUGAGUACUCGGGAGAAAGAACACAGGAAAUAUCGCGAAGAUCGACAUGGGCGUUUGAGUCGCGCUUCGACACCGGAGAGAGAGCGUUCUCGAAGACACCGGCGGAGGGAUAUUCAUGAUGAUAAAGCGAAGGAAGAGCGCCGGGACCGUUCAGAGCACCGCCGAGAACGUCGGAGUGAGAAAUCUAGGUCAGAUCGUCGAGAUCGAGAUCGUUCGCACUCGAGGUCUCGUAGUAGAUCUCCACACAGUCACCGCAGCUCCAGACGCCACCGCAGUGAGCACCAUCACCGUCGAUCCGAAUCGACAAAUCCGCAUAAAAAGCAUAUAGAGCGCUGUUCCAACGCCGAGGACGAUCAUAAAAGUCGCUCUUCACGACGCGAACACAAAUCACCACCUCCGAGUAGCACGCGACACUCACGAGACUCAGGAGAUGAGUCCGAUCCUUUAGAGGAUAUUGUCGGACCUCUGCCACCACGGAAAGACCAAGAACCCAUCCGGUCUCGAGGCCGAGGUGUCUAUAAAUCCCACUCAAGUACCAUGGACGCCCAUUUUGCUCUAGACUACGACCCUACGCAAGAUAUACAGCGCGACGACGAAGAAGUAUCCACCACUCAGAAAUACUCCCGUCGCCCUGUUGCAGGCCUCAUGACUGCGGAGGACGAUUGGGACAUGUCCCUGGAGGCAAUAAGAGAUCGAUCCCGGUGGAAGCAGAAAGGUGAAGAGAGACUACGAGCAGCUGGGAUUAAUGAAAACGUUAUUGAGCGAUGGAAGGGCAAUGCCGUCGCUUCUAAAGUGCCCGUUGGUGAACGUGGCCCGAAUGAUGUUCGGUGGUCGAAAAAGGGUGAGGAUCGCGAAUGGGAUCGUGGGAAGUUCGUGGAUACUGAUGGUCACAUCAAUGUUCGCGCUGCUUGGUCUUGA